AUGCUCGCCCUCCGCGCCUCUCGCGCCCUGCCGCGCACUCUUCCGACCCUCGCCCUCCAGCACCGCGCCCUGCACGCCUCGUCCUCGGCCGCCCAGCGCCAGAUCGAGCACUUGACCGUCGUCGGCGCGGGCCUCAUGGGCGCCGGCAUCGCCCAGGUCGCCGCCGCGUCCGGCGUCAAGGUCACCAUGACCGACGUGAGCGACGGUGCGCUCGAGAACGGCCGCAACAUCAUCACCAAGUCGCUCACCCGCAUCGCCCGCAAGAAGUCGCCCGACGACCCGGCCGCCCAGCGCGCCUUCGUCGACUCGGUGUUCGCCAACCUGUCGACGACGACGUCGGCCCCCGAAGCCGUGUCGUCGACCGACCUCGUCGUCGAGGCUAUCGUCGAGCACCUCCAGACCAAGCAGGAGCUGUUCCGCCGCCUCGACGACGUCGCGCCAAAGGAGGCCAUCUUUGCGAGCAACACGAGCAGCCUGUCGAUCACGCGCAUCGCCGAGACGUGCUCCGAGGCGAGGAGGACUCGCUUUGCCGGGUUCCACGCGUUCAACCCGGUGCCGCAGAUGAAGCUCGUCGAGGUCAUUUCGACGGAGAAGACGCUGCCCGAGGUGACGACCGCGCUCCUCGACCUGUGCAAGCGCAUGAAGAAGGUGCCUGUCCAGUGCGCCGACACGCCCGGGUUCAUCGUCAACCGCCUGCUCGUGCCGUACCUCCUCGAGGCGAUCCGCAUGGUCGAACGAGGAGAGGCGACGCCUGAGGACAUCGACACGGCCAUGAAGCUCGGUGCCGGCGUCCCCAUGGGCCCGCUCGAGCUCUCGGACUUCGUCGGCCUCGACACGCUGUCGCACAUCGCGUCGGGCUGGCGCGCCGAGCGCGUCUCGACGGGCGAGAUCGACGCCAAGCAGGUCGAGGAGGUCGGCCUGCUCGAGAAGCUCGUCGGCGAGGGCAAGAAGGGGAGGAAGAGCGGUCAGGGCCUGUUCGACUACUCGGACAAGUAGACCCUAAUUCCCUCUUCCCUGUACAACCUGUCUCGCGCCCGAGCCAGGGAACCAUGCAGUGCAGCCGUCGUUUUGCCUUC